UUUUUGGUAAACUCCGGGCCGAAGCCAAAACUAAGGAAGACCACUACGAGAGGAACCAAGGCCCCACAUAUCUCUAUCUAAAGCAGGAGCCAAAACAGAGGGCUCAUCUAAUAAAUCUUCCCUGUUAACAGAGUGUUACUUUCGUUUUCAGAGGGUUUGUUGAGAGAUAACGAAAGCUAGAGAGAGAGUGUGUGCCUCUCUCACCUCACCAACAAAUCGAGCAAAAGAGCUAUUUAAUGCCUUCAAUUUGACUGAUCGUUUCGCAUAUCUUUGUUGUUGAGGGAUCGUCCCUUACCGAUCAAAAGCUACGGUUUUUGAAGGUUAAGAUUAAAGGGUGGUGGUCAAUUGGUGUUGGUGAGAGCAUAUUGGCAGCUAUGUAUAUUGAAGAACUGAAGGAGGAGGUGGGGGAUUUUGAAAGUGUGGAGGAGCAGAGUCGUGCUGAUAGUGACCGUGGUGCCAUAGUUGUUUCAGAUGCCAAACGGGUUUUGGUCGGGGCAGGGGCUCGUGCUCUUUUCUAUCCAACAUUGCUAUACAAUAUUGUGAGAAACAAAAUUCAAUCCGAGUUCCGCUGGUGGGAUAGGGUUGAUGAGUUCAUACUGUUAGGUGCUGUUCCAUUUCCUACUGAUGUUCCACACUUGAAGGAACUUGGUGUUUCUGGAGUGAUUACACUAAAUGAACCAUAUGAAACUUUGGUCCCAACAUCAUUAUAUCAUGCUCACAACAUUGACCAUUUGGUGAUUCCUACAAGAGAUUAUCUAUUUGCUCCAUCAUAUGGUGAUAUUUGUCAAGCUGUAAACUUCAUCCAUGUGAAUGCGUCAUGUGGUAAAACAACAUAUGUUCAUUGUAAGGCUGGUCGAGGGCGUAGCACGACCAUUGUUCUCUGUUACUUGGUGGAGCACAAGCAGAUGACACCUGAUGCUGCAUAUGUGUAUGUGAGGUCCAUUAGGCCGAGGGUACUCUUGGCCCUCACCCAGUGGCAGGCCGUUCAAAACUACUAUUUUCACAGGGUGAAGAAACUUGGUAACAUCUGCACGAAGAUUUCCAUGGGGAAAACUGUAGGAUUCCCGAAAAAACAAGACUUGGCAGUCUUUGAUGAUGGCUCCGUAGUUGUGGUAACCGAAUCAGACCUUGAUGGGUAUGAUGGGAGCUAUGACUCGGAUCUAGUAGGUAACAGCAAGUCAUUAGCGGAGCUGAGCCUGGCUUGUAGGGUUCAGUUUGCUAGUCAGGCCGCUAUUGGCAGGCUUUCGUGCCUGUGGCUUCGUUGCUACGACCAGAAACUGUUGAGGAAGAAGUUUGGAUGCUCAGUAGGCACGGAUCAGCUCAGGAGUAUUGGUGUUGAUAUUCAGGUUUAUUGAGGUGUCAGUCCUAGCCUGGGAGAUUAAAUUAAGAUCCUACAGCGACAGGAAUCUCAUGCAUUGAACUUUCAUUUUUAGAGACGAAUAAGCACAAGGUGGUGCAUAUUGAAGUGCCGGAUGCAAAUUUGUACAUAAAAAGAGUACAACACUUAAUGCUACAUAAAGGGAGUACAAUUGUGAAGCAUAGUUGUAUGAAAAGGAAAUGCAAGGCUUGUAUUAGCUCAUGUAUUGUACUAUUAGAUAUGAUGUUUCUAUGGUAAAGAGUGAGAGUUUGUAUGCUCUGUCUCUAAAUAUCUUGAUGUAUGUACAUGCUCACUCAUGAUAUGUGCAUCCUCAAUAUGAGUAAUUAUUCAGUAGUCUUGGAGAUGUGACAA